GGAAUAAAAAGCGGUGGAGGGUUUAAGAGUGCAAAGAAAGGGCAAUCCAAUCUGUCUCUACUGCUUGCCAUUUGCGUUGCCGAUGAUGAUGAUGAUGAUGUUUGCAAUCAGAGCAUCGGCUUCAUCGUCGUGAUCGCCAUUGCAUUAGGGUUCCUCUUUCGCCUGUGUUGUAGUUGGGUUGCCCAUCGAAUUAUACAUCUAUCUUGCUCCCUUCUUGCUUGCCGACUCUCUCUCUCUCUCUCGCCCCUCACUGUAUGCUUCCUAUAUCUGAUUAAUAAAUGGCAUCGGCUCUCUUCGCGAGAACUCUCUUCGCCCAUCGCUUCUUUCAAUCCUCACUGCCUCUCACUUCCAAGCCUACCCAGUUGUUCUUAUCGUCUUUCCUCAGUAGGAGACCAUAUCACCUGUGGGCUGCUCCUGCAUAUUUGGUGCACAAGAAAAACUCUGGUUUUGUUUUUUGUGCCUCAUCAUUGACUGGGUCAAAAGCUUCUCUUUCAACACAGUCGAUAUCAACUAAUGAGCCUGUUGUUUCAGUGGAGUGGCUUCAUGCUAAUCUUAGAGAGCCUGACAUGAAGGUUCUGGAUGCAUCCUGGUACAUGCCUAAUGAACAGAGGAAUCCACUUCAAGAGUAUCAAGUUGCCCACAUUCCUGGUGCACUUUUCUUUGAUGUAGAUGGGAUAUCAGAUCAAACUACUAAUUUGCCACACAUGCUACCAUCAGAACAAGCCUUUGCUGCUGCUGUUUCUGCCCUUGGUAUUCAGAAUAAAGAUGGAGUGGUUGUAUAUGAUGGAAAGGGAAUUUUCAGUGCCGCUCGAGUGUGGUGGAUGUUCAGAGUGUUCGGGCACGACAGAAUAUGGGUGCUAGAUGGAGGCCUGCCCAGAUGGCGCGCUUCAGGAUUUGAUGUUGAAUCUAGUGCUUCUGGUGAUGCCAUUCUGAAAGCAAGUGCUGCCAGUGAGGCAAUAGAAAAAGUAUACAAUGGUCAAGCUGUUGGCUCAAUUACAUUUCGAACGAUGUUCCAGCCACAUCUUGUUUGGACACUUGAACAGGUUAAGGGAAACAUAGAGGAUAAGACACAUCAACACAUAGAUGCCCGUUCAAAGGACAGGUUUGAUGGGGUUGCGCCUGAGCCUCGAAAGGGGAUAAGAAGUGGUCAUGUACCAGGCAGUAAGUGCAUUCCUUUCGCCCAGAUGUUGGAUGGCUCACGGACACUUUUACCUGCAGAUGAGCUUAAGAAAAGAUUUGAUCAAGCAGUAUCUCUAUAUAUUUGAUGGUCAAAGAGUAAAAGACUUUUUUGCUUGUGCUCCAAUAUCUAUAUAUUUGAUGGUUAAAUUCACGGGACUCAAACUUGGAUCUCUUGAUUGGGAAAAUGCAUUGCUGCCUAAGCUGCUUGGGUAUCCCAAGGGACACCAGGUGUCUCCUAACUUGAAUCUUCCCAGUUUCUGUUUGCUUGAAUAUUAAAUGAUCAUUUGGAUAAGUUGGUUUACUGGUGACUGCGAAUAAGUACAUGUGUUUAUAAAAAAUAAUUAAAAAAAACUACCCAUGCAAGUACAUGUCUGUUUCUUAAUAAACAAAUGCAUGUGUGUACAUGCUCACACACAAUAUUAACCAAUUACAUCUAAAAAUGGGAGAAAUACUUGCUAGAUCCUGAAAGUGCCAGAAAUAAUGAAGAAGAAAAUGGAAAUUGGAGGCGAAAACUUUUUAGCUUUGGAUACAACACAUUCUGAACAAAUUCUCUGAUAAAAUCUAAAUGCCCCAGUGCUGUAAUUUUUCUAUUCUAGGUUAAAAACUUUUGGACAGCAAUUGUAUCAGCAUGCUUAAAUCACUGUUCUGUGAUUCUGAGGGGAGAAAUAAAUUCACGAGUCAAUUUUUGAUGGGGAGGCAUAUUUUCUUAAUUAUCUAAUACUUGUAUCUUUUCAAGUCGUUUUGUUGUUUGCCUAUGGAAUUCCAAACUCUCCCGUCUUGACAUU